AUGCAACUUGCUCUCAUUGCUGCUGCUCUCCUCGCAACUACUGGACACUAUGUCCUCGCUGCUCCUGCUAAUGCUACAUUGACAUCUGUCAAUGCUACCAUGACAACCCCCGAUGCUCCCAUGGCAACCAUCAUGAAUGCUACUAUGACAACUACCAAUGCCACCAUGACAGCUGGUAUUGCUACUGUAACCACUACACCUACUGUUACCGAUUCUUGGGCUGCUCAAAUCUCUCCUGUUUUCUCCAACAUGGCUAUUUCUCCUGAGCCUCAUUUCAACAAUGGUACCAUUGAUACCAACUCUACUCUUUCCAGAGAAACAUUGAACUUGACAAACUAUCCAGAAGUCUGGAAAAGCCCUGACCCCAAGCACCCCGAGGUCCAAGCCAUGAUCGCCCGUCUCGAUUGGGACCUCGUUCCAAAUAUCAAGAAGCGCAAGUCCAAGAAGGGUGAUUUAGUGUUCAAAAAGUACGAUGAAGACGCCGAUCCUGAUUGUUGGUGGUCAGCUAGCGGAUGCACUGAACCCAAGCUUUCUUAUUUGCCUCCUGAUUUAUAUAAUUGUCCUACGAAGGGUGAUUGGGGUCUCACUUACGAUGAUGGACCAUUCAACCUUCUUGAUGAAGAUGACGAUGAUGCCAAGACUGAAAACCCCUAUGCAGAGCCUAGAUUAUACAACUUUUUAGCAAAGGAAGACUUGAAGGCUACCCUCUUCUAUAUUGGCUCCAAUGUGAUGACAUACCCUGCUGCUGCUCGUCGUGCUCUCUCUGAUGGCCAUACUCUCUGCUCUCACACAUGGUCACAUCCUCCCAUGACAACUCAAACGAACGAGCAAGUUGUUGCUGAGCUCUAUUGGACUCUGAAGGCUAUCAAGGAAGCUACUGGUGUUACAGUCAAGUGCUGGAGACCUCCUCAAGGUGAUGUUGAUGACCGUGUUCGUGCUAUUGCUCAUCAGAUGGGUAUGAGAACUGUGCUAUGGAACCGUGAUACCAAUGAUUGGGACAUGCCAGCUCCAGGUGGAGGAAAAUUGCCUCCAGCAAAAGUAGACGGUUAUUUCAGAUCCUGGCUGGAGCAAGAGAAGGCUGGCAAGAAUAAGGAAGGUGUCUUGGUGCUGGAGCAUGAGCUGAAUCAUGCCACUGUAAACAUGACUGAAGCAUGGUUGCCAACUGUCAAAAAGACAUUCAAUGUUGUGUCUGCCAUGACCUGUAACAAUGUGUUACAACCUUACUGGGAAAAUGUCACUUAUCAGGCUAUUCAUUAA